AUGAGAGAGGUUCAAGCACAGCAACAAUCAUCUCAACAAUCCUCUUCUAGUUCAUCCAUGUCAUCUGUGACGACCACGUCCACUACGGCUGCUGAUCGCAGCUCGUUGUCUAGUGCCCCUUCAACAUCCACUGCAUCAAGUUCUACUUCCACUGGAGAGACGCAGUCUUCCGAGAAGCAGGACCAAGACACAACAAAGUGUAUGUGGGACUAUGACCAAGUGUCUAUAGUUAUGGGGGGAAGUCAUGAUUUGUUGUAUCAAGAGUUUUUGCCCCUGUUACCAAAUCUGCUCCAAGGUCUCAACAAUCUUCAAAGUGGAAUCCAUCGUCAAUAUAUGAAAGACCUGUUUGUGGAGCUGUGCCUCACUGUACCUGUCAGACUGAGCUCUUUGUUGCCAUAUUUACCCAUGUUGAUGGAUCCUCUGGUAUCUGCUUUGAAUGGAUCCCAGACACUUGUCAGUCAGGGCUUAAGAACAUUGGAGCUGUGUGUUGAUAACCUUCAGCCAGAUUUCUUAUACGAUCACAUUCAGCCGGUCAGGGCAGAACUGUUUCAAGCACUUUGGAAAACUCUUCGCAAUCCACAUGAUAGUAUUGCCCAUGUUGCAUUCAGGGUCUUGGGCAAGUUUGGUGGUGGCAAUAGGAGAAUGCUAAAAGAACCACAGAAGGUUAGUUUGUGUGAGAGCUUGACUCAUAAACCAGUUGUAUUUACAUUUUUGUUAACACACAUUGCUGGAACAGUGGACAGUGCAAAACAGACAUUAGAGUCUCUUCUUAAGCAGUGUAAUGAGCCGCAAGCUGAUGAGGCCCAAUGUUCUGUAUCUGUACUUGCCAAGAUUUACAACUCAUCAGUUCACAGCAUCAUGCUUCCCCACAAAGCAAUUCUGGAGGACAUGAUUCCACCCAAGAUUAGCAGGAAUAUUGGUAACAUUAUUGCUGGUGUUAAUCGUCUUUCCCAGGGUUACUCAGUUGAGCAAAAGAGAGCUGUCUUCUUCAAAUUCGUGGAGCUGUUUCAUGAUCAGAAUUUUCCACAAGAACUUAAAGCCAAGGCCUUGCAGUAUGUACUAAUCCCCAUGUUUCAAGUGUCGUUUGAACGUGGAGAGGGUGAUGCCCUGAUAGGCGGACCCCCCAGCCCAGAACAGGACAGUAACGAAAAUGUCAUCAGUGUGUUCGUGUGCAAGGUCGUGGAUCCGGAUAAUCCGUUUGGGACAUCCGAUGCCGUGCGAAUUCUGUUGCUGCAGUUUUCAGCUUUGCUUGUAGAGCAUGCCUCACAGCAUAUCCAUGAUGCUGCAAAUAAGCGUCAAGGAAUAAAAUUGCGUCGUCUGAUGACAUUUGCCUGGCCUUGUUUACUGUCCAAACAAUGCGUGGACCCAUCCACCAAGUACCACGGACAUUUGUUACUUGCCCACAUCAUUGCAAAGUUUGCUAUUCACAAGAGAAUCGUACUGCAGGUAUUCCACAGCUUGCUGAAGGCUCAUGCAGUCGAGGCUCGUGGAGUCGUCAAACAGGCUCUUGAUAUUUUAACACCGGCUAUGCCAGCUAGAAUGGAAGACGGAAAUGCGAAGUUAACUCACUGGACAAAGAAGAUCAUUGUGGAAGAAGGACACACAGUGGCACAGCUGGUUCACAUGCUGACAUUACUGGUUCGACAUUAUCGAGUAUACUAUCCAGUAAGAAUUCACCUGAUUCAGCACAUGGUUAGUGCUAUGCAAAGGCUUGGAUUCACUGCUAAUGCUUCCAUUGAACACCGCAAACUUGCUGUAGACCUGGCUGAAGUGAUUUUAAAAUGGGAACUGCAGCGAAUCAAGGACGAUCAAGAACAAACGACAAGUUCAGAGCAGACGGAACCAUCCACUCCUGUAACUGCUUCACAAGUGGGAAGUGUUAAGCGGCCCUCUGAAGACUCUGCCACGCCAGAAACAAAGAGGACAAGAUCAAUGUCCCAGAGCACAGCUUCCCGGGUAGCAGUUCAGGAAAGUCAGAUCAAGUCACCGCUGGAGAAGCACCAUGCUGAUGCUGUGGUCAACUUCCUCCUUAGAAUUGCUUGUCAGGUUAAUGAACCCUCCACCACCAUGGGAUCCCCUGGUGAAACUCUGUCACGGCGCUGCGUUGCGUUACUGAAGACCGCGCUCAGACCAGAUGUGUGGCCAGGAACUGAUUUGCGAGUGGGAUGGCUGGACAAGAUUCUGGUUACAGUGGAUCAAACACCAGCUGCCAACUAUGCCAAUGUCUGCACAGCUAUUGAGAUCUUAACUUAUCUGCUGUCAGUUCUGCCACAGCAAACCAUCCUGACACUGUUUAAACCUCUUCAGAGAGGCAUAGCUACGUGUAUGACAUGCCAAAACACCAAGGUCAUCCGUGCUAUCCACACACUCCUGGCCAGACUGAUGACUUUGUUUCCACUGGAAUCAGCUACAGCAACUUCAAAGUAUGAUGAAUUAGAAACUCUGUACGGCAACAUUGGCAAAGUGAUAUAUGAUGGUCUCACAAACUACGAAAGGUCUGCGAAUGGAGCAACUUCUAUUUUCUAUGGGCCUCUGAUGAUGCUUAAAGCUGCAUGCAUGCACAAUCCUUCAUACAUCGACAGAUUAAUGAAUCCGUUUUUCAAGGCGUUACAAAGAAUGCACAAAGAUCACAUAAACGCAGUUCUUGGAGAAAGUACAGGCGCUAGUGACAUGUUGAUUCUGUGUUUGGAGUUAAUCCGUGGUCGGUUGGGAGUGAUGAGUGCCGAGAUCAGGAAGCUCUUCUUUAUCAUCCUCACAACGCUUAUUGAAAAAUCACCCGACUCAAAGCUUCUUCGAGCCAUUACCAAGAUCGUAGAAGAUUGGAUAAAGACCAAAAUGACUCAGCUGACAAUUCAGCGACUGCCGACACUCAGAGAGAAGUCCUUGUUGUUGGUCCGAAUGAUGGUUAAUUACGAGAAGAGGUUUCCAGAAGAUUUUGAAUUACAAGCACAGUUCUUAGAGCUUGUCAAUUAUGUCUACAGAGAUGAGACCCUGGUGAGCACUGAACUGGCUUCCAAACUUGAGCCUGCAUUUUUAUCUGGUCUGCGAUGUAUCCAGCCACAAAUCCGAUCAAGAUUUAUGGAAGUUUUUGAUAAAACAAUGAAGAAGAAGUUGUACGAUCGACUGCUUUAUAUCUUCUGUUCUCAGAACUGGGAAGCAAUGGGCCCUCACUUCUGGAUUAAGCAGUGUAUUGAGCUUCUUCUGGCCGUGUCUGCGUGCGAGAGGCCCGUAACACCUUCCAGUACAUUCAGUAUGCUUCCAUCAGUGACGUCAUUCCUCCGGGCCGCAGACAACCAACUGAGUAAGGAAAUUCUGAAGCAUGCUCAGGAGAAGGCUGCAGUCUCCGAGGAAAACAAAGAGGAAAAGAUGGAGACAGACACCAGUGCUGCCGAGAACAACAAAGAAAAAGACGCAUCGCUUUGCCUUUUUGAGAUUGACGAUUCUGAGAAACUUCUGACCGCGAUGGACAAAGAGACUGGGUCCAGUCGACUAAAGGAGAUCGACACUGUACAGUUACUCGCUGAGAAGCAUGGGAAAUUCAUUGACAAGCUUCGUGAGGCCAAGACUGCUUCGUUCCUGGGUCCCAUGGCUCAACUGUGCCACAGGUACUCCAACCUCGCUCAUACAGUAUGGGUGGACCUGUUCCCUCAACUGUGGAAUCUGCUGACUGAGAAACAACAACAAGUUCUCGCUGGUGAGAUCAGUCCGUUCAUGUGCAGUGGAAGUCACUUGGUUCAACUUGAUACUUUUCCCAGUUCAGUUCACACCAUUCUUGAAGGCGUGUCCAAGUGUAGCCCCUCUGUACCUAUCCGGCCCUGUAUUCUCAAGUAUCUUGGUAAAACUCAUAACUCGUGGCACCGUUCUGGGUUAAUGCUUGAGGAUUACGCCAGUCUGUGUGAAGAAUAUUCCAAUCAUCAGAUUUCACAUCAGCAGCAACAAGUGAUCGAUUUUUCGCCUUUUGAAGAGGAUCCAUCAGAGAUAAACCAACAUGAAACUCUGGAUGCACUAGCCGAGAUGUAUUCACUGCUGAAUGAAGAGGACAUGUGGGCCGGCUUGUGGCAGCAGCGCUGUCGGUAUCCAGAAACAGCCACUGCUAUCGCUUAUGAGACUCAAGGCUUCUAUGAACAGGCGCAGUCUGCUUAUGAAGUGGUGAUGAGCAAGGCUCGUGAGGAGCAUAACCGUGGCCCCGCCAACCCUCAAUUGACGUCAGAAUACAAUUUGUGGGAAGAACAUUGGAUCAGUUGUUCCAAAGAACUCGGUCAGUGGGAUUUAUUGAUGGAAUUUGGAAAAACAAAGGGCCAUGCAAAUCCUUUCCUUGUGCUUGAGAGCGCAUGGCGAGUCCCUGAGUGGUCAUCAAUGAAGGACGCUCUAGCUCAGGUUGAAGUCAACUUCCCAGAAUCCAUUGCAUACAAGUUAAACUUAUAUCGAGGCUACAUUGCCAUUUGUCACCCAGACGAUCAACAUCUUAACAUGGUGGACAAACUUGUGGAGCAUUCCACUACUCAAGCAAUCCGUCAGUGGAGACGACUCCCUCCUGUGAUCUCACAACAACACAUUCCUUUGUUACAGGCAGCACAACAAAUCAUGGAACUGCAGGAAGCCGCUCAGAUUCAUACGGGACUUCAGCCUCCGAAUGUUGGACGAUCAACCAGUCUACAUGACAUGAAAGCUAUUGUGAAAACAUGGCGUAAUCGCCUUCCCAUGCCAUCUGAUAAUUUAUCACACUGGAGUGACGUGUUUAUGUGGAGACAUCAUCAUUAUCAGGCGAUUGUGGCAGCAUAUGAGAGUCAAGCCCAACAUGAACCGGUCAGUCAACACUUGCUUAUCGUCCUGUUAAUGCAUGGUUAUUUUCCUUCUAUUGAAACCUUUCCUUGUGCGUCACAAUUCGGAAAACUUCUGACCGCGAUGGACAAAGAGACUGGGUCCAGUCGACUAAAGGAGAUCGACACUGUACAGUUACUCGCUGAGAAGCAUGGGAAAUUCAUUGACAAGCUUCGUGAGGCCAAGACUGCUUCGUUCCUGGGUCCCAUGGCUCAACUGUGCCACAGGUACUCCAACCUCGCUCAUACAGUAUGGGUGGACCUGUUCCCUCAACUGUGGAAUCUGCUGACUGAGAAACAACAACAAGUUCUCGCUGGUGAGAUCAGUCCGUUCAUGUGCAGUGGAAGUCACUUGGUUCAACUUGAUACUUUUCCCAGUUCAGUUCACACCAUUCUUGAAGGCGUGUCCAAGUGUAGCCCCUCUGUACCUAUCCGGCCCUGUAUUCUCAAGUAUCUUGGUAAAACUCAUAACUCGUGGCACCGUUCUGGGUUAAUGCUUGAGGACUACGCCAGUCUGUGUGAAGAAUAUUCCAAUCAUCAGAUUUCACAUCAGCAGCAACAAGUGAUCGAUUUCUCGCCUUUUGAAGAGGAUCCAUCAGAGAUAAACCAACAUGAAACUCUGGAUGCACUAGCCGAGAUGUAUUCACUGCUGAAUGAAGAGGACAUGUGGGCCGGCUUGUGGCAGCAGCGCUGUCGGUAUCCAGAAACAGCCACUGCUAUCGCUUAUGAGACUCAAGGCUUCUAUGAACAGGCGCAGUCUGCUUAUGAAGUGGUGAUGAGCAAGGCUCGUGAGGAGCAUAACCGUGGCCCCGCCAACCCUCAAUUGACGUCAGAAUACAAUUUGUGGGAAGAACAUUGGAUCAGUUGUUCCAAAGAACUCGGUCAGUGGGAUUUAUUGAUGGAAUUUGGAAAAACAAAGGGCCAUGCAAAUCCUUUCCUUGUGCUUGAGAGCGCAUGGCGAGUCCCUGAGUGGUCAUCAAUGAAGGACGCUCUAGCUCAGGUUGAAGUCAACUUCCCAGAAUCCAUUGCAUACAAGUUAAACUUAUAUCGAGGCUACAUUGCCAUUUGUCACCCAGACGAUCAACAUCUUAACAUGGUGGACAAACUUGUGGAGCAUUCCACUACUCAAGCAAUCCGUCAGUGGAGACGACUCCCUCCUGUGAUCUCACAACAACACAUUCCUUUGUUACAGGCAGCACAACAAAUCAUGGAACUGCAGGAAGCCGCUCAGAUUCAUACGGGACUUCAGCCUCCGAAUGUUGGACGAUCAACCAGUCUACAUGACAUGAAAGCUAUUGUGAAAACAUGGCGUAAUCGCCUUCCCAUGCCAUCUGAUAAUUUAUCACACUGGAGUGACGUGUUUAUGUGGAGACAUCAUCAUUAUCAGGCGAUUGUGGCAGCAUAUGAGAGUCAAGCCCAACAUGAACCGGUCAGUCAACACUUGCUUAUCGUCCUGUUAAUGCAUGGUUAUUUUCCUUUCCAAGUCAAUGUUUCUCUUCAGACUCAGCUGACAAUUCAGCGACUGCCGACACUCAGAGAGAAGUCCUUGUUGUUGGUCCGAAUGAUGGUUAAUUACGAGAAGAGGUUUCCAGAAGAUUUUGAAUUACAAGCACAGUUCUUAGAGCUUGUCAAUUAUGUCUACAGAGAUGAGACCCUGGUGAGCACUGAACUGGCUUCCAAACUUGAGCCUGCAUUUUUAUCUGGUCUGCGAUGUAUCCAGCCACAAAUCCGAUCAAGAUUUAUGGAAGUUUUUGAUAAAACAAUGAAGAAGAAGUUGUACGAUCGACUGCUUUAUAUCUUCUGUUCUCAGAACUGGGAAGCAAUGGGCCCUCACUUCUGGAUUAAGCAGUGUAUUGAGCUUCUUCUGGCCGUGUCUGCGUGCGAGAGGCCCGUAACACCUUCCAGUACAUUCAGUAUGCUUCCAUCAGUGACGUCAUUCCUCCGGGCCGCAGACAACCAACUGAGUAAGGAAAUUCUGAAGCAUGCUCAGGAGAAGGCUGCAGUCUCCGAGGAAAACAAAGAGGAAAAGAUGGAGACAGACACCAGUGCUGCCGAGAACAACAAAGAAAAAGACGCAUCGCUUUGCCUUUUUGAGAUUGACGAUUCUGAGAAACUUCUGACCGCGAUGGACAAAGAGACUGGGUCCAGUCGACUAAAGGAGAUCGACACUGUACAGUUACUCGCUGAGAAGCAUGGGAAAUUCAUUGACAAGCUUCGUGAGGCCAAGACUGCUUCGUUCCUGGGUCCCAUGGCUCAACUGUGCCACAGGUACUCCAACCUCGCUCAUACAGUAUGGGUGGACCUGUUCCCUCAACUGUGGAAUCUGCUGACUGAGAAACAACAACAAGUUCUCGCUGGUGAGAUCAGUCCGUUCAUGUGCAGUGGAAGUCACUUGGUUCAACUUGAUACUUUUCCCAGUUCAGUUCACACCAUUCUUGAAGGCGUGUCCAAGUGUAGCCCCUCUGUACCUAUCCGGCCCUGUAUUCUCAAGUAUCUUGGUAAAACUCAUAACUCGUGGCACCGUUCUGGGUUAAUGCUUGAGGAUUACGCCAGUCUGUGUGAAGAAUAUUCCAAUCAUCAGAUUUCACAUCAGCAGCAACAAGUGAUCGAUUUUUCGCCUUUUGAAGAGGAUCCAUCAGAGAUAAACCAACAUGAAACUCUGGAUGCACUAGCCGAGAUGUAUUCACUGCUGAAUGAAGAGGACAUGUGGGCCGGCUUGUGGCAGCAGCGCUGUCGGUAUCCAGAAACAGCCACUGCUAUCGCUUAUGAGACUCAAGGCUUCUAUGAACAGGCGCAGUCUGCUUAUGAAGUGGUGAUGAGCAAGGCUCGUGAGGAGCAUAACCGUGGCCCCGCCAACCCUCAAUUGACGUCAGAAUACAAUUUGUGGGAAGAACAUUGGAUCAGUUGUUCCAAAGAACUCGGUCAGUGGGAUUUAUUGAUGGAAUUUGGAAAAACAAAGGGCCAUGCAAAUCCUUUCCUUGUGCUUGAGAGCGCAUGGCGAGUCCCUGAGUGGUCAUCAAUGAAGGACGCUCUAGCUCAGGUUGAAGUCAACUUCCCAGAAUCCAUUGCAUACAAGUUAAACUUAUAUCGAGGCUACAUUGCCAUUUGUCACCCAGACGAUCAACAUCUUAACAUGGUGGACAAACUUGUGGAGCAUUCCACUACUCAAGCAAUCCGUCAGUGGAGACGACUCCCUCCUGUGAUCUCACAACAACACAUUCCUUUGUUACAGGCAGCACAACAAAUCAUGGAACUGCAGGAAGCCGCUCAGAUUCAUACGGGACUUCAGCCUCCGAAUGUUGGACGAUCAACCAGUCUACAUGACAUGAAAGCUAUUGUGAAAACAUGGCGUAAUCGCCUUCCCAUGCCAUCUGAUAAUUUAUCACACUGGAGUGACGUGUUUAUGUGGAGACAUCAUCAUUAUCAGGCGAUUGUGGCAGCAUAUGAGAGUCAAGCCCAACAUGAACCGCAGAGUAACCACUCCAUGCUUGGUGUCCACGCCUCUGCCUGGGCCAUUAUUCAUUAUGGUUACAUAGCAAGAAAGCAAGGCCUGACGGGAGUGUGUUUGGACUCGCUGAGCAGAAUCCACACGAUUCCCAGCGUUCCUAUCGUGGACUGUUUCCAAAAGAUCAGACAACAGGUUAAAUGUUACCUGCAGAUGGCUGGCGGCAUGGGCAAGCAAGAGUUACAAGAGGGUCUUGAAGUUAUCGAGUCCACGAAUCUAAAAUACUUUUCCAAGGAAAUGACGGCUGAGUUCUUUGCCCUCAAAGGAAUGUUCCUCGCACAUAUUGGCAGGUCUGAAGAUGCAAACAAAGCUUUCUCGCAAGCUGUUCAAAUGCAGGAUUCGCUCGUGAAGGCCUGGGCCCUGUGGGGAGACUACCUUGAUGGUCUGUUUGUGCUGGAGAGGAACAUGCAGCUGGGGGUGUCAGCCAUUGUUUGUUAUCUUCACGCCUGUAGACACCAAAACGAGGCCAAGUGCCGCAAAUAUCUGGCGCGGACUAUCUGGCUUAUGACGUAUGAUGACGAAAAGGGGUCUAUCUCGGAAGCAGUGGACAAAUACUGUGUUGGUGUCCCCCCGGUUCACUGGCUGCCUUGGAUUCCUCAACUGCUGACGUGUUUAGUUCGGCGUGAAGGUCAGAAGAUCCUGAACCUUCUGUGUAACAUUGGACGAGUUCAUCCUCAGGCCAUGUAUUUCCCAAUUAGGACAUUGUACCUAACGUGGAAGAUUGAACAGCGAGAGAGACACAAAAUGGAGGCUGCCGCAGCAGUCAUUACAAGUCAGCGGUCUUCCACAGGAGGCAACAACACCACCGCCUCUACAGAAUCACAAAACGCGACUCCAGCCGCUGUGAAAGCCAGUACAACUGGUUCCGAAACUGGUCAAACCAGUACAGCGUCCGCGUCGACAACAAGCAGAAGUGCUGGUUCAGCACCAGUCAGUUCUUCAAUACAUGACAAAGCAGCAGGUUCAAAAGCAGUCACUCCGACAACACCAUCAACACCGACUGCUCUUGUUGCUCCAACGACUCCUACUGCCACUGAACAGGCUCCAGCAACCUCUGCGGCAACUUCCACAACUGCCGGCUCCACCACUCCAACUACAACAGGCACCCCACAGGGAACCGGCGCCACGCCAGCCAGCAGUCAGAGUGACCCUGGAGCGAUCAGAGCCACAGCUCAGAUGUGGCGCUGUAGUAAGAUCAUGCACCUUCUGAGGGACCUUCAUCCAACUCUUCUCUCAGCCCUUGAAGGGGUCGUCGAUCAGAUGGUGUGGUUCAGAGAGUGCUGGCACGAGGAAGUACUGAGACAGCUGCGGCAAGGACUCACAAAAUGUUAUCAAGUGGCAUUUGAGACAAGAGGAGAUGUUGCAGCCGCCCGUGUCACGCCUCACACAUCGAGUUUUGUGAAGAAGUUGGUCAGCACAUUCGGGAUCGGAUUUGAGUCGGCCUCAAGUGUAUCAAGCACAUUUUCAUCAGCUGCAUCAGAGUCCCUGGCUAGAAGGGCCCAGGCUACGGCUCAAGAUCCAGUAUUCCAGAGGCUGAAAGAACAGUUUUCUAUCGAUUUUGACUUCAGUCAACCAGGCGCCAUGGGGCUUCACAAUUUGAUUGGGAAACUAAAGAAGUGGAUCAAGAUUCUCGAGGAGAAAGCUAAACUUCUUCCAAAUUCAUUUCUCUUGGAAGAAAGAUGUCGCUUCCUCAGUAAUUUCACAACAUCCACAGCAGAAGUGGAACUUCCUGGCGAGUUCCUUAUGCCCAAGGCCAACACGCAUAGCCCAUACUACAUCAGAAUUGCUCGGUUUAUGCCGCGAGUUGAACUUGUCCAGAAACACAACUUUUCCGCCAGACGCUUGUACAUCAGGGGCAACAACGGAAAGAUCUAUCCAUAUCUUGUGGUGAACGAUGCUUGUAUGACAGAAUCAAGAAGAGAAGAGAGAAUUCUCCAGUUAUUGCGGCUUCUGAAUCUUUAUUUAGAGAAGAGAAAGGAGUCCUGUAAGAGGCAUCUUUUAUUCACUGUUCCACGCGUUGUUGCUGUGUCGCCUCAAAUGCGACUCAUAGAGGACAACCCAUCGUUCAUCUCUCUCAGAGAAAUCCUUACUGAGCGUUGUGAUAAGAAGCACGUGGAAUCUGAUGCACCAAUUGCCUUGUACUACGAACGCCUCGCUUCCGUGCAAUCACGUGGCUGUCAGGUGACUCACCAGGUCCUGAGGGACAUUCUUAAAGAGGUGCAGCUCACGCUAGUGCCUGAAGUGCUUCUAAAAGAAUGGGCCCAGUACACUUAUCAGGACCCUUCAGACUAUUGGACCUUCAGGAAACAGCUCUCUAUUCAACUGGCUCUGUCCGGUUUUGCCGAGUUCAUAUUACACCUGACAAGACUGGGCCCGGAAAUGCUUCAAAUUGCACAGGACUCAGGUCGACUUACUGUCUCAUAUAGUCGCUUUGAGGUUGACGACACUAAAGGUGAACUGGACGCGAACCGUCCCGUACCUUUCCGACUCACUCCGAACAUUGCCGAGUUCGUGACGCCGGUCGGCGUGAAUGGAGUGAUGACAGCGGCUAUUGUGUCCGCCGCGCGGUGUUUAGCUGAGCCUCACUUCAGCGUACAGAGUGUGUUAAGGGCGGUGCUACGAGACGAGAUGAUUGCUUGGCACAAGAAGAAACAAGACGAGACGCACUCCCUCCCCCUGACUAACCCACCAACUGACAUGGAUAGUGAGUUACUGAUUACACUCGUGAAUGGAGCUGUUACUGCUAUCACCACAAGAUUACAAAACCUGGCUCAAUACGAGGGCGGUGAAACCAAGGUGACAACUCUGAUCGCGGCGGCCACUAGUCCUGAUAACUUGUGUCGAAUGGAUCCUGCUUGGCACCCAUGGCUGUAGAACACCUUCCACCACCAAGUCCAUGGUCAAAAUGAUCUCUUAAUUAUCGAUGGAUAUCCAGAGGCCCAGUUGGUUCAUCGUCCAAAGUCAUCACGCUUACCGUUAAUAAGUUCCUUAGAAGAGUCGUUUAUAAUCGAUCUCAAUUAUCCCUGCUCGUUUACAGUUAAUUUCACUUCUUUGUUGUUUUUAGGCCUCGUUCACCCUACACCAGAUGAAUCUGGAAACGCAGAUUUAUUUCGGUUAGGCCUACCGUCCGCACUAAUCCGUCACGAAAACGGAGCCUUUCGAAAAUGCUCUUUAAACCGGAGGAAUUUGAAAACGACGGCUUUUCGUUUUCGUGUGAACGGAAAACAUUUUGACAGCGGAGCUUUUUCUCGAAAAGGAUGACGUUACGAUAAACAUGUGAUGUUCUCCUCAAACACAAAUCCAAAAUGAUCGGUGAUUUUUUUGCGUUUUUCAAUUCCUCCGGCGUAGUGUGGACGGAAAACAUUUGAAGCGUUUUCACAGUGAAACUUACGUUUUCAAAUUCCUCCGGCGUGGUGUGGACGAGGCCUUUAAUGUUUUCUUUGUAAGAAAAGCAUUAUUUCAAUAUUUCUCUCGUUGAUUAUGCUGUUGAUCACAAAGAAACGACUUAACAUAUCGUGACGUGGAUCGCGUGCUAUUUGCAGACUUAUUUCCUGGUGUCUUGACACGUUCAUUGUACAUGUAGUUCUAAGAGGAACAAAUUACCUACUCAUUGAAGGAAAUAUUCGUGAUCUUAGUAGAAAUGACGAUGCUGUCCAAAUUUAAGUCUUGCAGCUGUUUCAGCUGUUGUUUAUAUCUUGGCCAACUGGAUUUUUUAGGCAAGUAGCUGCCACGAAAACGAACUUUUUCAAAAAGUAAUUAACUAAGCUGGUUAACAGUUGUAUAUCUCGAGUUUUUGCCCGUCAUAGCUUUAUUUCGAAGUUAUCAUAAAGUUGCUAGUAAUGUACAUGUCUUGUAGAAGGAAACCAUGCGACUUUCAUUAGUAUAAAUGAUCAUUGUAAAGUUCUUUUGUUUUGAAUUUUAUUUUCAGUUUUUUGCAUAUUUCAUUUUAUUCAUUUAAAAAUAAGAUAUUAAAACCAGUGGAAAUGUG